CACAAUAAUGAACACACACAGAGGUUGGACGCAAAUACAAAUACAGAUAUACUCUUAUUUAUAAGCACAAACACAUAACCGUAUUGAUACACAGAUAAACACACAUGCACACUGAUAUAGAUACGCAGACACACAUAAAUACACACACAAUAUAUUGUGGGAUGAAAUGUAAGCAAAUUGUAUUGGAAAGCUUUGCUACAAGAGGUUUUGCAGCAGCCAGUGGUCUUACUUUCCAUUUGCCUCCAUAGAAUUGAUAUGCUGUAUGGAUGCAGAGAGAGAUCCCUAGCAGCUGACUGGUCCCUGGGGUGCCCAUCCCUGCACUGGAGUUAUGGCUACUGCCCAUUCUUACACAUGACCUCCUUUUCACUCCACUUGGCAUUGUGCUGUUACUUUCUGCUGCUCCACUGGGCUGAGUGCAUGUGUAGCAGGCAAAGGGAUGGCAGGGAGGAAAAUCAGAGGUGGCUGCUUCUGGAGUGACACUCCCCCUGUUAUUUGGUGUCUGGACGUCAGAGAGUGGGGAGGGAGAGAGCCUGGAACUGCUCCUAGCUCAGUGACUGUCAGCCCAGUGUAGCAGCAGCAGCAGUACAAGGAGAGGGGAACACACACACACAGAAGGAGAAUCUCACAUUGGAGUUUGUGCAUGCAACAGACAGCUGAGAGCAUCACUACAAGAAGCAACAAAAAGAAUGGCUGCAACAGGGCGAACGCAAGCACAGGAAAUACAAUGUGAUGUCUCACAUGAGUGAUUGGAUGGAUGGACACCUAACAUAUUAUAUGUGAAAUGAAAGCCUGAAGAGGAAAAUGCUUUCCAGCAUCAGCCGAGCCCCGCACAGACCUGCUAGGCAAAGGAGGCUAUUAGCAAGCCAGGCACUCUGAAGAUUGUUGGGCUGUGGCUGUCUAUUUAGCCAACCUGUAGCUGAGGUGAGAAUCCGGAUCCCAGUACUAACAGUGACCAGGGGAGGGGGCUGGUCUCCUCUUGAACUGGGAGACAUGACUGUGGUUUCAGGGGAUAACGUGGAUGAGACGCUGGUGUCCCUGAGUGCUCUGGGGCAGGAGGGUUAUGAUCCAGACAGGGCCACCCAGGACUGCUGUGAGAGGGUGGUCAUCAACAUUUCCGGACUUCGGUUUGAGACCCAGCUGAGGACCCUGUCUCAGUUCCCCCAAACCUUGCUUGGAGAUCCCAGGAAAAGGAUGCGCUUUUUUGACCCCCUAAGGAAUGAGUACUUCUUUGAUCGCAACCGUCCGUCUUUUGAUGCCAUAUUGUACUAUUACCAGUCUGGAGGAAGGCUGCGGAGACCUGUCAAUGUCCCGGUUGACAUCUUCUUAGAAGAGAUCAAGUUCUAUGAACUGGGAGAGGAAGUGAUUGAAAUAUUUCGGGAUGAUGAAGGGUUUAUCAAGGAGGAAGAGCGACCUUUGCCAGAGAAUGACUUCCAGAGGCAGGUCUGGUUGCUGUUUGAAUACCCUGAGAGUUCAGGACCUGCCAGGGGCAUUGCCAUUGUCUCUGUUCUAAUCAUUCUCAUCUCCAUAGUCAUCUUCUGCUUGGAAACUCUCCCUGAAUUUAGGGAGGAAGCCAGGCAGUCUGGUGGUCAACCUGCAGUCAAUGGCACUCACACAUUCACCAACAGCCCCUUCACUGACCCUUUUUUUCUCACUGAGACACUGUGCAUCAUCUGGUUCUCCUUUGAGCUUCUUGUGAGGUUUUUUGCUUGUCCUAGCAAGCCAGCUUUCUUCAAGAAUAUGAUGAAUGUUAUUGACAUUGUGGCCAUCAUCCCAUAUUUCAUCACCCUGGGCACUGAACUGGCUGAGCAACAAGGCAGCAAUGGGCAGCAGGCAAUGUCCUUGGCUAUUUUGAGGGUCAUCCGCCUGGUACGAGUCUUCAGGAUAUUUAAACUAUCCAGGCAUUCCAAAGGACUCCAGAUUCUAGGAAAGACCCUUCAGGCCAGUAUGAGGGAAUUGGGACUUCUCAUAUUCUUCCUCUUUAUUGGUGUCAUUUUGUUCUCCAGUGCAGUUUAUUUUGCAGAGACGGAUGACCCUGAAUCGUUGUUCACAAGCAUACCCGAUGCCUUCUGGUGGGCUGUCGUGUCCAUGACCACUGUUGGCUAUGGAGAUAUGUACCCUAUGACCAUUGGUGGAAAGAUAGUGGGAUCUCUAUGUGCUAUAGCUGGGGUAUUGACCAUUGCCCUACCAGUUCCUGUUAUAGUAUCAAAUUUUAACUAUUUCUACCAUAGGGAGACUGACCACGAGGAGCAGUCCCAAUACACCCAUGUGACAUGUGGCCAACAACCAUCCUCCUAUGGAGAUCUAAAAAAGAGUGAGAGCAAGCAGUCAUUUAACAGAUCAGACUACAUGGAAUCAGAAGAAUUAGAUGACAUGAGAUAUGGCCAUUACACUGCAAACCAACACUAUGCAGAACCUAAAAAGCUGACAGAUGUAUGACCUGUUGUUCUUCAGAUCCUAAUUUUCUUCUAAAUGGGCCAAACAGGUGGGUGAGUACAAAGUACUGUCCAAAAGCCCGGUUCUGAAAAGCAAAUGGCUGUUCAAGGUGAUAGAGCUUCUAUUAGCACAAGCGAAGCUAACCAUGGAGCGUGGCAUACUGUUUGGUGACUUUGUGAUAAGUAAUCCAUCAAGAUCUCAAAUACAAACAAUAAUAAUACCCCAACAAAUCUACCUUACAAAACAACGCAACUGUAUGAAUGAAAUAGUUCUGCCUAUCCUGUGGACUAUCCUGGGUGAUUUGCUUGGCAUAGGGUAAGGGCACCUAAGGAUUAGUAUUUCCCAUGGAUUAUUUAUCAACAGAUUCCAUGCCUGGUGCAUAAUUUCUAUGGUACUAACAGCUAGAAAUGAAUAUUUGCAAUGGUGCCAUGGCUUUUCUAUGAUGGAAACCUUGCUUAACAACAGUGUGUUCUAUCAAGGACUCUGACAAGGCUAAAGAACAGCUGUGGUUGAGAGCCGACAAACACAAAUAACAGCGUAGCUCCCUUUUGGAUACCCCUGGCUCGGUCUGACCCUCUACGUGGAUGGCUGUUUUGUGGGUACUUGUUGAAAAGCACUUUAUAGAAACACAUUCAUUCAUAGAAACCCCUCCACCCAAAAAAAGGAGACAACAAAAUCUUUAUUGGUUCAUAAUCUCACCUCGAUGUUGAAGCAUUUGCAAAUUUUGCACAUAAAUUUUUUUUGUUUACAUCGAUGCCAGUGCUGGCAUUCAAACCCUUUCACUGGCUGCUGGAGAUUCCAGAACUUCUCUCUGGCUGGGGGAAAGGGUCACUUUAGUUGCCAUAUAUUUGAAUUAUUUUUUAUUUUAGCUACCAAAUAUUCAUAUUUGUAAGUGCCUUCAUGUGCAACGUAAAACUCCAGGUUGUAUUAUGUUCAAGUGUUUCAUGCAUUGGCCAUGUAUUAUAUUCAGAGCUGUCUUUAGCAGUGGGCAAAACAACAUAAUAUUUUUGUAUAAAAGCAAGUUGAGCAACAGUUCAAUAUGCACUAACGUAGUAGAACAGAAUGUAGACAGUAGGGUAAGAUGGUGACAUUGUCACUAUAGCUUCUGUGGCCAUCUUGCUCUUCUAUAUCUAUCCCAUACCACUCUUUCUACCUGUUCCUUGUCCUUUGCUCACUCUUUAACAGCACAAUAUUUAUGAAGGAGGGCAAGUUGAGCAAGAGUUGCCUUACUGUUAGCAUCUUGUCCUAAUGUAGUAGAACAGGAUGGAGAUAGUAGGGCAAGACAUGUAUCACUCUGGCUUCUGUGGCCAACUUGCUGUACUUUAUCUAUCACUCUUCCUACCUGUUCCUUGGGGCUCUAAAUAGUUACCCCUUUUUGAACCCCCUUCCCUAAAGACAGCUCUGAUGGGUAUUACAUUAGGACACUCUUUAAUUAACAAAUUUGGACUGUGGCUUAUUUCAAAAGGAGGGCAUGUAGGACAGAUAUAUCAAGGUCAACACAGUCCUGUGUAUAUAUCAUAAUAAAGUCAAUGGAAUCUCUAAAUUGUGAUGAAUCCAGCGGUUCCCAGAUCAAUGAUCCCUAAUACACUGUGUUCUAAAGAUAGCCCAGACCUUUGGUCAGGUGAUGCCCUAUUGCGCCCCUAAUGCACAGGUUGAUAAAUCACAAUGACUGGUGAGUUAUACAGUAAUUCAGUUAAAGGGAAUAAAAAAGCUGUAGGGAACCACUAGAUUGUGCUAUCUUCAUAUCAAGGAAACCAUUUGUUCUGCUCUAUUUUCACUGUGUUUUAUAGGUGCCUAGUAUUUUUUUUUCAUGUCCCUUGGAAAAAAAACACUUAAUUGUGCUCCCAUUUAAGGAGAUGGGGGAAAUGCUGCUUCGGUGAAAGGGAAAUGCCAUAUUGCAGUGUGUUAUAUUGUCUUUAGUUCGGCAUCUACAUGCAAAAAUUAGGAAUAAAUGCAUGUUAUUUAUCAUU